UCAUAUUUAUUUUUUUCGUAGGGGUUUGUCACCGGAAUACAACUCCACAGAGAGGGAAGCGUUACCAGCACGCGUAUCUCUCCCCUUGUCUCUUUCGAACCCCCCUCUCUCUCCUGUCUUCUUCUUGAUAUCUCUUUAGAAUCAAAAUCAAAUAAAGAAAAAAACAGAGAGAGAGAUGUCAGAUCGAUUGACGCGUAUAGCUAUAGUAACCUCCGACAGAUGCAAACCUAAGAAGUGCCGUCAAGAAUGCAAGAAAAGUUGCCCUGUCGUCAAAACUGGGAAGCUGUGUAUCGAGGUAACUCCAGCUUCGAAGAUAGCUUUUAUCUCGGAGGAGCUGUGCAUUGGAUGUGGUAUCUGUGUUAAGAAAUGCCCGUUUGAAGCAAUUCAGAUCAUUAACUUGCCCAAGGAUUUGGAUAAAGACACGACCCAUCGUUAUGGUCCCAAUACCUUUAAAUUGCACAGGUUACCAGUCCCGAGGCCUGGGCAAGUUCUUGGCUUGGUUGGAACAAAUGGUAUUGGCAAGUCCACUGCUCUCAAAGUUCUGGCUGGAAAACUCAAACCUAAUCUGGGUCGAUUCAAUAACCCUCCUGAUUGGCAGGAAAUCUUGACUUACUUUCGAGGAUCUGAGCUUCAGAAUUACUUUACCCGUAUCCUAGAGGAUAAUUUGAAGGCCAUCAUAAAGCCUCAGUAUGUUGACCAUAUUCCAAGAGCAGUUCAAGGCAAUGUUGGACAAGUGCUUGACCAAAAAGAUGAGAGGGACAAGAAGGCGGAACUUUGUCGUGAUCUUGAACUGAACCAGGUUAUAGAUCGUAAUGUUGGGGAUUUAUCUGGUGGAGAGCUCCAAAGAUUUGCCAUUGCUGUUGUUGCAAUACAGAAUGCAGAGAUAUAUAUGUUUGAUGAACCUUCAAGUUAUCUUGAUGUCAAACAGAGGCUCAAAGCUGCCCAAGUUAUCAGAUCUUUGCUCAGGCCCAACAGCUAUGUAAUUGUGGUGGAGCAUGAUCUCAGUGUCCUGGAUUAUUUAUCUGACUUCAUUUGCUGCUUGUACGGGAAACCGGGUGCAUAUGGAGUGGUAACUCUUCCCUUCUCUGUGAGAGAAGGUAUCAAUAUAUUCUUGUCUGGGUUUGUUCCUACAGAAAAUCUACGAUUCCGGGAUGAAUCUUUAACCUUCAAGGUUGCUGAGACUCCACAGGAGAAUGCUGAGGAGAUUCAAACAUAUGCACGAUACAAAUACCCAACCAUGAGUAAAACUCAGGGAAAUUUUAAACUUCGUGUCGUUGAGGGUGAAUUUACUGACUCUCAGAUUGUUGUGAUGCUAGGUGAGAAUGGGACAGGGAAGACAACAUUUAUCCGUAUGCUGGCUGGUUUAUUGAAACCUGAUACUGUAGAGGGUUCCGAAGCCGAGAUACCUGAGUUCAAUGUUUCUUACAAGCCUCAGAAGAUCAGUCCCAAAUUUCAAUUCAGUGUCAGGCAGUUACUGCAUUCUAAAAUACGUGAUUCGUAUAUGCAUCCUCAGUUUGUUUCAGAUGUCAUGAAACCACUUCUUAUUGAGCAACUGAUGGAUCAAGAAGUAGUAAAUCUGUCUGGUGGAGAGUUGCAAAGAGUUGCUUUAUGUCUAUGCCUCGGAAAGCCAGCUGACAUUUAUCUGAUAGAUGAACCGAGUGCAUAUCUUGAUUCUGAGCAGCGUAUCGUUGCUUCAAAAGUCAUCAAGAGGUUUAUCCUACAUGCAAAGAAGACUGCAUUUGUGGUCGAGCAUGAUUUUAUAAUGGCAUCAUACCUGGCUGAUAGAGUUAUUGUGUAUGAGGGACAGCCUUCUGUGGAUUGCACGGCAAAUUCUCCCCAGUCAUUGUUGACUGGGAUGAAUCUCUUCUUAUCUCACCUGGAUAUCACAUUUAGGCGAGACCCCAGUAAUUACCGGCCAAGAAUCAACAAAUUGGAGUCCACCAAGGAUAGGGAGCAGAAGGCUGCUGGGUCAUAUUAUUACCUGGACGAUUGAUGUAACUGUUGACACAGAGUUUAACGGCAUCAAUCUGAAAAAUCAUGUAACCUGGUCAAGUCAGCAUGGAUAUGGUUAAUUUUUCCAUCGCAGUCAAGUGAAUUCAGUAUGCUGACAAAUGACUGGAUUACCUCUGCCUGCGAAGAAGCCAUGGCAUAUCUUUCUGCCUAAAUGAGUUUGGUGGUGCUUUAUGAUAUUUCUCCUGUAGCGAGUUUUGUGUUCGCCAUUUUUGCUCAGGACAUUAGGUGAGUGAAUCAUAGUGCUACCCGUUUUGGGCAUUUGUUGCUUCAAGUUGCUGUACUUUGACUAGGGUUGCUAUUUAACUAGAGCAAAGAACAAAAAAUGGCAAAGUGAGCUACUGGGGUCCUUGCCUGUGUUUUUGUAUCUGUUUUGUUCAUUUUAACUAUUCUAGCAGCAGGGCAAGUAAACUGAACUGGUCUAGGCUCCCUUUUUAUUUUGCUUAAGAUAUGGUUGAUUUUUUUCAA